UUAGCUUCCUUCCGUGAAGAAUACUAAACGUCACUUUUCGCGAUUAGUAGUAGAUGCGCCAUAAUUAUAAUUUUUUAUGUGCUUAUUUGCAUCUUGGGAGAUAGUUACUUUGAGUUUGCAUAAAAUAUUAAUCAUUUAACAUCCGCGUUUUCAUCGACCGAACUACCGCUUUCGAAGAUGACGACGGGAAUGCCGGAGCUAGGCUCCAAAAUAAGCCUAAUAUCAAAGGCCGAUAUUCGAUAUGAAGGACGGUUAUUUACAGUGGAUCCUCAAGAAUGUACAAUAGCGUUGGCGUCCGUGCGAUCAUUUGGUACCGAAGAUAGGGAAACUCAGUAUCCAGUACCAGCUCAAAGCCAAGUAUAUGAUUAUAUUCUAUUCCGGGGUUCUGACAUCAAGGACAUCCGUGUUGUGAACAAUGUGUCCCAUCCUCAACCACUUAAUGACCCAGCAAUCAUGCAGCUCUCCAUUCCACCUUCUCUGGGCACACAACAAUUCCAGCAACACCCAGUGCUUGGCCACGUUGGAGCUCCUAUCGGCCAGUUUGGAAACUCUUACACAAUGGGUUCUAUGGGCGGGUUAGGUGCCGCAGGCCUCAGGACCUCUGGUUCAGCUUCCACUUCAGGUUCAAAACCAAGUGAGUUGAUAAUCAUGCCUCAGGGGGGGCCGCCUGAAGUAGUGGCUCCUCCACUGGUUUUGUCUCAACCGAUUAUGGAGCCUUUCAGGUCUAACGAACACCAGGGUUCCGUUUUAGAUCUUAUCACAGGGGCAGCCGCGGGUAGUCGGAGUACUACCCCCGCUUCCGUUGGAUCCCGCAAGUCUCUCUCGGUUGACCAGGGUAUCCAGGCGGGCGGCAGCCAACAGAAGGAAAGUGGCAAGAGGCAUGUAAAACCUAUACAGCCUCCGAAAGGUGGUCAGGGUCAUGGCAGGCCUCGUGACCGGCGAGAUUCGGAUAAUCAGAAUCAGGCUGCGCACUCCUCGUCUAACCGCGGCGGUUCCCUUAACCGAAGCAACUACCAUCAGAUGCACCAGCAAAACAAUCAAGCAUAUCAAAGGGGUUGGAGUGUGCACCGGGGUCCUCAGAGAUCACGCGGACGGUCCAGGACUCUUAAGUUUGAGAAUGAUUUUGAUUUUGAACAGGCCAAUACUGAGUUUGAAGAACUAAGGAGCAAAUUUGCAAAGGCAAAGUUGGAGGACGCUAGUGUAUCGAACAAAUCGUCGGAGCUCAACGGCAUCGUGGCGGAGACGGAUAAAAAGGACGAUUCCGGCAAUGAGACUGGUGCCGGCGAGAACGAGCCCGAAGACGACCACGAAGUGUAUUACGACGCGAGCAAAUCCUUUUUUGACAAGAUCUCGUGCGAAGCGGUGGAACGCGCAAAGGGGAAAUGUCAGCGCAUGAACUGGCGCACGGAACGCAAGCUGAAUUCUGAAACAUUUGGGGUGGCAUCCACAAGAAGGGGAAAUUACAGGGGUCGCGGUAAUUUCCGGGGCGGAUAUCGCGGGUACCGAGGGGGUUAUAGGCACCCUCAGCAGCGCAGGGAUAACAAUCAGCAGCAGAACGAAGUUUCAGAAAGACAGUGAACUGGAAGGAAUGACCUUUGACACAGGAAUAAUUAAGAUACACUGGAUAGACUGCAAAUGAAUAUUUAUUUCCAAACUUUUGUGAAUCAAUCUACUGUGAUUUAUUCUUAGAAUAAAAAAAAAUAAAAAUAAAAUUAAUAAAACAGUUGCAAUUCCAACUUGUACUGGGAAAUAUGGAUUAUUAUUUCCAUUGGCAGAUGUGUAUUUUAAAUAUUUUGUUUUCAAUUCGAUUUCCUAGUGUCAUUAAUUCAACUAAAUGUAUUGUAUCUUAGGCAUACUUAGGACAGUGUAUUUAGAAUUUCGGUGUUGAACCGAUAUUGCGAGAAUUAAUUUUUUUAAUUAUUAUUUUUGCAAGGGAAUUGUAUAUAUUUCGUAGAAAAUUGGGAAGAAUUGGGGUAGAAGAAAGUGUGAGUGGAAUGUAAUAUCGCCACUUCUUUGUUCAAGGCAGUGUCGCACUAAGAGCAGGUGAUGGAUUUACUGGAAAAAUUUUCAAAUGUCAAGUAAAGAUUCGACUAAUUUAUAUUGACAAUAAAAUUGACAAAUACUUAUAACAAUUUCCCAAUUAAAUGGUGGCGGUGUUUAACACCCUUUUAUCAGGUAAUAGAAAUCAUCGCUAGCUCUUGGAAAAAACGCUCACUUCCACUUAAUGCAAGCUUUUGUAUUUCGGUCCCUUUAUGAAAAUAGGAAUUAGAUUUUUUUUUAGUUAUCUUUUUGUGGUUGUAUACUUUUCUAUAUUAGUUGCAACUAACAGAAUUUACGUUUUUUUUUAUACAGCGAUUUUUUCAUUAUUUAUUUUGAUAAAUUUGUAAUAUUUAAGUUUUGCAUUUUUUUAAUGAGUAGGUUUGGUUGGAUUUCUACCAUUAAUGGAUUACUGUUAAAGUUUUUGGAUGCCAGGCGGAAAUAAAAUCUUGAACAGCCAAAUGUGCGCUUUU